AAAGCCGCGGAGAUUUACCGGCGCGCCGUGGAGCUCGGGGACGUGGACGCGAUGAAUAAUCUUGGGGACAUGUACGAGACUGGAAGUGGCGUCAAGCUGGACAAGAAGAAGGCGGAGCGGCUGUAUCGCGCGGCCGCAGAUCGGGGCCACGCGGUCUCGCAAUGCAAUUUAGCGAAUUUACUUCAUUCUGAAAAGAAAUGUGAAGAAGCGGUCCGGUACCUUGUGCUCUCGGCGGAUCAAGGCUUUACCGCUAGUGAGGCCUGCCUUGGCGUUUGUUACAGGGACGGAGAAGGCACGGAAAAAGCCGCGAAGAUUUACCGGCGCGCUGUGGAGCUCGGAGUUGUGCACGCGAUGUCACUUCUUGGGGAGAUGUACAACGAGGGGUGGGGCGUCAAGCUGGACAAGAAGAAGGCGACGAGGCUGUUUCGCAUGGCCGCAGACCGGGGCGACGCGUGCGCGCAGGUCUGUUCAGCGGAGGACUUUUACUCUGAGAAAAAAUUUGAAGAGGCGUUCCGGUACUUUGCGCUCGCGGCGAAUCAAGGCUAUACGCAUGGGGAGUGUCACCUUGGCGGCUGUUACCUGACCGGAGCAGGCACGGAAGGGAAAUUUGAAGAAGCGUUCCGGUGCUACGCGCUCUCGGCGGAUCAAGGCUAUACCAUUGGAGAGCAUAACCUUGGCUGCUGUUACUACUUUGAAAAAGGCACGGAACUCGACCUCGGCAAAGCCAGAUACUGGUUCGAGCGCGCCGCUGCCAAGGGUGACGACAAAGCCACAGAGUGCCUCGCGCUCCUCGACGCGCGAGUAUAG